AUGGUCAACAAAGUAGGUGUAGUAAUUUUUUUGGUAGAGUUUUUGGUCGAUUUAGUGAAAAAGAUAAAAAAGAUCUUUUUUAAAUAUCGGUAAUUUAAAAAGUUGUGAUUUUUUUGAACCCUGAGGGCAAUUUCCAACGGCUCACGACGAAAAAAUCGACCUUUCCAAUAUGCAAAUUUUUCUAGGCUUGAAUAUAAUAUUUUCAGACAUUUUAUACGACGAAACGUGUCCAAAAUAUUUUCAUCGUAUAAAAUGUCACCCUAAUCAAAACCUUGUAUUUAUAAGGGAAAUAAGUCAGGCAUAGAAUACAUAUCAAUUCCUCGCGCUUUGCAGUGCCCGUCGAGAUAUGGAACACUCUUUGCUACCGAGAGAGUACGCAAAAUGCGGAGAACGGUCAGAGAAAAAUCACACUUUUUAGCCGUAUCUUUGCCAGUUUCGCGGGGAAAAAAUUGAUUUUUUGUGGAAUCAUUGCUCUCUACAGUGGAAAUCGACACGACAUUUUUCGUGAUGAAAUUUGCCGAAAAAAUUGUCGCAUUUUUGCCGAAUUUCUAGCUAAAAAUCUCGGUUGUUUCUGCAAAGCGCGGGCUAAAAAUCUCGCAUAUUUUUUUGAAAAAAUUUUUCUAAAUUUGUGCCAAGUUUUAUCAAAAUCUGAGGGUCGUUUUUGGGGUACUUCCUAUUAAUUUUUUCAAUAAAUUAUUAGACAAAAAGCAAAUUUCAAAAUAUAUUUUUUUUUUGAUUUGAGGUCCCUAUCCAUAAUAUUUUUUGAUUUGAAGUCCCUAUCUAUCAUAUUCAGCCUUUUCCAGUUCCAAAACGUAUAUAAUUUACUCUCCUCGCUCCCUCACCACCCGGCGCGUCGCGCUUCACUAGAAACCAUCUUUUUUCCGGAUUUUUUCACGGAUUUACCACCGAAAAACUGCAGAUUUGGAAUGCAUAAAACGUAUAAAAGUCAGCCUCCUGUUUCCGUCGGUCAUUCGUGGCUUUUCCCUCCGAAAAAUAUAAAAAAAUUCGAUUUUUUUUCAGAAACUUGGAGUGGAAACCAUGGCUAGUUUUAUUGUCCUCGCCGUGGCCCUUUUGGCAGUAAAUGUGAACGCGCAAUGUGACACAAGGUCCGCGAUUGGAAGCUACUUGAACUGCUUGAAGGCCGAGCUGGACGCCAAAUACGAUCCGUUCGAGGACGAGCUGAAGUCGCAUCGACGGUAGGUUGAGGAAUACGGUUGAAAACAGAGUGUUUUGUAUAAAAAUCAAGCUUUUUCUGCAUAAAACAUCAAAUUUUACAAGAAAAAAUCAAGUUUUUCUUUUAGAAAAUCUCAUUUUCGAACAGAAGGUCAGGUAUUUUCCAAAAAAAAAUCUCAUUUUUUUCGAUAAAAACGACUUUUCUUCCCAAAAAAUCCCACUUUCUAACAAGACAUCAAGUUUUGGAAAAAGUUCCUUAUUUUGGUCACAACAAAGGUACUCCGCGAACUGCGCCCAAGCUUGGGCACUAAAGUUAGAAAAAAACGCUUCGACCUAGCUGGCACUGAAUUACUAUAAUAGCUCUAUAGUUUUAAGGGUACCUACGAGGUGAUGACGACUCAUUUAGUUCUAUACGGAGGCAAUAAGUUUAGUUCCGGACAUGUUUCAUCGUAUAAAGUGUAAAAUCACAGGCUGCAGCCGUUUUUGAAGGGUAAGGUGGUACGUAAAAAAGAAGGUACCUCACUAACUAAAUCCACUGUCCGGGCAUUGACAACGAUGAAUUGAGCGUGCACGCUAAAUUUGGGCUAAUUCCGACCAGUUUCCGCAAAGUUAUAAGUUGUGGCCCAAAUAAAGAACUUUUACCCAAGUUUUUUCUCCAUGCAAAAAUUAAAUUUUACAACGAAAAGUCAUGUUUUCCUCUAAAAAUCACCAAAUCCAAUCAAAAAAUCAAGUUUUUCCCCAAAAAAUCUCAUUUUCGACUGCAAAAAGUUAAGUUUUCCCCGAGAAAUCUUAUUUUCCGACAAAAAAUCAAGUCGAAAAAUAUCAUUAUCAGCCAAGAAAUAACGUUUUUUCCCCACAAAAUCUCAUUUUCCAACUAAAAAGUCAUCUGUUUCCCAAAAACCCUCCAUUUCCAAUAAAACCCCAGUAUUUUUUUUUAGUUUUCCCCCGGAAAAAUCCCAUUUUCCGGUCACAAAAUCUCAUUUUCCGACUAAAAAGUCAUAUUUUCCCCAAAAAAUCAAGUUUUACACACAAAAAAUCUGAUUUCCCACCAAAAAAUCCCAUUUUCUCGUCAAAAAAUCAUCCUUUCUCCCCCAAAAAAUCCCAUUUCAGCCAAGCCGCGGACACCUGCUUUGCCCACACCAUCGCCGAAGCGAACGCUCAGGACCGCUGUGUGUUAGCAGCGGCCGACCUCGAGAGCAAGGCGUGGGAUCGGAACGGGCCUCUGCGCGACUGUUCCAUCUGCCGGACCUUUGCCUCCGGUGCAAUUAAAGCCGUGCUGAACACACCGCCCGAGGACCAGAAGUGCAUUCGGACGCAGAUCAGCAAGGCCAUCAUCAAGGAGGCCGAGUUCUGCAUGAAGAAGAAGAUCAGCGGCUUCCAGGGCCUGCCCGAUCUGCCGGAUCUCGAGGAGGGAUCGUAUGCCGUGAAGGAGAAGGUGAUUGACUCCAUUUCGGACUACAUUCUGAUCCAUUCGCGGCUGACUUUCUGCUCGGAGAGGAAGCCGGAACGCGCCGCUUCCACUCGUCAAUGUUUGCAAGCGCCGUUCCCCGGGUACUUGAAACAACACUGUCAAUGUAAGUUCAGAACUAAAUAGAUAGAAAAUACAGUAAAUAAAGGGCAAAAAAUGUACAAUUUUGCACCCGGGAAGCAUCAAAAAUGUGGCAAAAUACCUCCCUUUCCAAGUGAAAAACUGUGGUUUGAAGACCGCGCUCUUUCCCUCACAAAACGAUCUUUUGAAAUUGGGAUUUUUUUUCAUUUUGAGAUGGAAGUAUUUUGCCACAUUUUUGAUACUUUUUGGAUGCAAAAUGACGUACUAUGUGUCCGGAGAAAGCCACCAUUAGGCCUGGCUGUCUACAGCGGCUGUCCUGAUCUAAUGACAAAAAAUGUGCAUUUUUGCACCCGGGAAGUAUCAAAAAUGUGGCAAAAUACCUCCCUCUCCAAGUGAAAAACUGUGGUUUGAAGAGCGCGCCCUUUCCCUCAUAAAGCGCGCUUUUGAAAUUGGGUUUUUUUUUUCAUUUUGGGAAGGAGGUAUUUUGCCACAUUUUUGAUACUUUUCGGAUGCAAAAAUGUGGCAAAAUACCUCCCUCUCCAACUAAAUCUUUUUCGCCACAAAUUUUCACUUAACUAACAGUGGUAAAAAUGUGCAUAAUAAUCUUUGUUUCGACCCUGUUCUUUCAGCUAUUGGCCAAUGCGACUCCCAAGCCAUUGGAGCCGGCUGCCAGAACGAACUGAAGCAGCACAAGGCCGCCACUUGCUCCUGCAUCGAUGAGGCGCGCUCCGACUUGAAGAACCGGAUCGCCGGCAUCGCCGACGCCAUCCAACAGGCGGUGGAUGGAGGACGUGGAGCGCCACAGAUCGGAGGAGGCAGCAAGGUCGAUGCUUGCGUCAACAACAUCAAACAUCAGCUGUAAGUGUGGCUUCUAAUCCCAAAUUGAGUGAUUUUUGCGACAAGCACUGUGCGAAAACUGUUGUUCUCUUUGCACUGUGCAAGAAACACAAAUUGCUUUGCACAGUGCAAAAGGCUUUUUUAGGCUGUCGCUCGCACCCUGGCUUUUUCUGCAAAAGCCAAGCGGCAAAAAUGACUUCAGUGACUGUGGGCUAUCCGUCUGUCGGGAAAAUAACGGCCUUGGAAUCGCCCAUCAUCGCUCUGCGACUGAAAGCCGCAUUUGGUGCGCGAUAGUGGCAAGGCGAGACAUUUUGCUACGACAAUCCGCCGUUAUUUUCCCGACAAACUGAUAGUAUUAUAAUACCCGGGUUAAAAAUUCCUGAUAUCUUGCAUUUUGCGGCGCCACGCUGCGAAAAACGCGAAAAAAGACCUUCGCACAGUGCAGAAUACCCAAGACACUGUUUGCACCGUGCGUUUUGGAGUUUUUGAACAUACGUCGCACGCGAUGCCCAUAUUUUUCAGAGCGAUGGCUCAGUGUGAAAUUUUUUUCACACCGAGCGUUCCUAUGCCGUUCACAAAGUCGCUGGAGGGAUUUCGGCGACAUGCACAGUGCGAAAACAAAAGUUCUCUUUGCACUGUGGUUUUUGCACCGUGCAAUAGGCUUUUUUGGGCUGUUGCCCCUGAAUUUUUUUUUGCACAGUGCAAAGGCCAGAAAUCGCUCCAGCGACCUAGGACUACUACAAUUGGCAUAAAAUGCGUAAUUUUUUUUUUUCAAAAAGCACUGUGCAUUCGCGACAAAAAACAAAAAAGUCUACGUACUUUGUAAAAAUACUGAAAGUAUCUCUUUUCUCAUCCUUAUCCUUUCAGCGUCACCCCCACCAACGACUGGGGAGCCGUCAUCGACCAGGCCCUCAACUCCUGCAUCAAGAACAAGCCCUCCGCGCAGUCGCUGGGCAUCGACUCGCUUCUCAACGUGGGCUGCCGCAAAAUCAUCGCCGACAACACCGGCACCGCCACAGCGCAGCUGAAGACCGGCUUCGACUUUGUGAACAACCUCAUCGACGCCAUGGUCGACCGCUCGAAGCGCUUCUGCGGCGGGCCCCACUGCGGCAACUGA